GAUCGGAUGUCUAUUUCUUGUCGGGGCGAAAGCCCAUCUGUUCCCGCCACUCAGGCAGCGAGACCUAGAGUUUGCGAGGCUUCGAACUGCAGACUGCAGAACCGGCUGAGAAACCGUUUCGGUGGCCGACAAACAUGAAGGUCCAUUCUCUGGGACCGGGAGCUGUGUUUCUGUUCUCGCUCCUUCUAACCGAGUGCUGGGGCAGGAAUGAGGAGGAGCGUCUGAUCCACCACCUGUUUAAAGAACAAGCCUACAACAAGGAACUGCGGCCGGUGGAGAGACAGGAGGACACGGUGGACGUCUACCUAGCUCUCACACUCUCCAACCUCAUCUCUCUGAAAGAGGUGGAUGAGACGCUGCUCACCAACGUGUGGAUGGAACACACCUGGGCGGACAGCAGGCUAGCCUGGAACACGACAGCGUUCGACGACAUCGACGUUCUGCGUCUCCCACCCAGCAUGGUGUGGCUGCCUGAGAUCGUCCUGGAGAACAAUAACGACGCCCAGUUCCAGGUAGCCUACUACUGUAACGUGCUCGUGUAUCCAGACGGGAAUAUGUACUGGCUCCCUCCCGCCAUCUUCCGCUCCUCAUGCUCCAUCAACGUCAACUACUUCCCCUUCGACUGGCAGAACUGCACCCUCAAAUUCACGUCUUUGACCUACAAUGCUAAGGAGAUCACUAUGCACCUGAGGGUGGAUAGUGAUGAAGAGGAUCCUAAUAAAUCCAACAAGGUGGAGUGGAUCAUUAUCGACCCUGCUGGAUUCACAGAGAACGGAGAGUGGGAGAUCAUCCACAAGCCGGCCAGGAGGAACAUCUACAAGAACAUUCCCAUGGAGAGCAACAAGCACCAGGACAUCACCUUCUACCUCAUCAUCAAGCGCAAACCUCUGUUCUACAUCGUCAACAUCAUCAUCCCCUGCGUGCUCAUCUCCUUCAUGGCCUCGCUGGUCUACUACCUCCCAGCCGACAGCGGUGAGAAGAUGACUCUGUCCAUCUCAGUGCUGUUGGCCCAGUCUGUGUUCCUGCUGCUGAUCUCACAGAGGCUUCCGGAGACUUCUAUGGCUAUACCGCUCAUCGUCAAGUACCUGAUGUUCAUCAUGGUUCUGGUCACCAUUGUGGUGUUGAACUGUGUGGUCGUCCUCAACCUGCACUUCAGGACCCCCAGCACUCACGUCAUGACCUCCUGGACCAAAGAGUUCUUCCUGGAGAGGUUGCCCCGCAUCCUCCGCAUGUCGCGGCCGGCGGACACAGAGCCCAGCUGGGAGGGGGCGUUGCCGCGGCGAUCCAGCUCCGUGGGCUACAUCGCCAAGGCGGAGGAGUACUACAGCGUGAAGUCUCGCAGCGAGCUGAUGUUUGAGAAACAGUCAGAGAGACACGGGCUGACCGCACGGACCACACCUGCUGCAGUGGAGAAGCCGCAGACGGAUGGUGAGGUGACGGAGCAGCUGUACUCUGAGAUGAAGCCAGCUGUGGACGGAGCCAACUACAUUGUUAAACACAUGCAUGACAAGAAUGACUACAACGAGGAGAAGGAUAACUGGAGCGGGAUCGCCCGCACCGUCGACCGUCUGUGUCUGUUCCUGGUCACCCCGGUGAUGACGGCAGGCACCAUCGUCAUCUUCCUCAUGGGCAUCUACAACCACCCCCCUCCCCUGCCCUUCGAAGGAGACCCCUAUGACUACAAGGAGGACAACCCUCGCUACUGACACGCCGCGCUCACACACUCACAUGCUGUAUACACACACACACACUCACACACAUGCUGUAUACACCUGGACACACUGUACGUACACUUAUCUUACAUAUACAGACAUAUACACAUUCACCAGUAAUCUCUUUCUUUCUUCUUUGUGUGCUUUAAUAAUGUUUAUUUCAUUUAAGAUAGUUUUGGCAUUUUGUGUUCUUUUGGCAUUUUGUGUUCUUUUGUGUGCCAAAGGCGGCAGUGUUUUGGACCUUACAUUACUGGCUUAUACUCAGUCAAAUGUGAACUGGCAUUAAAUAUUUACACCCAACACA